CACUUGGUACGUUUUAAGGAAGUUAGUCGAAAGGGAGAAACAGAAACGCACCCAAGGGAAAGUUCGGUAGUAUUGUUUAUCUUCGGGAGAGAAGACAGCUCGUUCAAAAUGUCUGGAUUUGUCAACAAUCCCUUUGUUGACCCAGUGGACGUCAAUCCUUUCCAGGAUCCUGCAGUAACCCAAGCGACUAGCACUGGCGUAGACAACAUCGAGGAAUUCAAUCCCUUCUCUGAUACCACAGCAGCGGUCCACCAAGAUGGGACCACGAUUCCUGCAACCGUACCCUCCUCCCAGCCUGCUGUGCUGCAGCCGUCAGUGGAGCCCAGUCCACAGGCCACUGCGGCCGUCGCCCAGGCCAACCUGCUGCGGCAGCAGGAGGAGCUGGAGAGGAAAGCGGCCGAGCUGGACCGUAAGGAGCAGGAGCUCCAGAGCAGGGGGGCCUCCACAGGAAGAGAAAAUAAUUGGCCACCUCUUCCCAAGAGCUUUCCAAUAAAGCCUUGCUUCUACCAGGAUUUCUCUGAGGAAAUUCCCCUCGAAUAUCAAAAAGUUUGCAAGAUGAUGUACUACCUAUGGAUGUUUAACUGUGUGACUCUGUUCCUGAAUGUCCUGGCUUGUCUGGCCUAUUUCACUGUGGACCCGGCUUAUGGUGUGGACUUUGGCCUGGCCAUCUUGUGGUUCAUCCUGUUUUCCCCCUGCUCUUUCCUGUGUUGGUACAGGCCGGUCUACAAAGCCUUCAAGUCUGACAGCUCCUUCAGUUUCUUCUUCUUCUUCUUCGUCUUUUUCAUCCAAGUGGUGGUGUUCAUCAUCCAAAGCGUGGGCAUCCCAAAGUGGGGAAACAGUGGCUGGAUAUCUGCCAUUUCAGUAAUCGGAACAAACAUCGCUGUUGCUGUUGUCAUGAUGGUGGUGGCAGGCCUCUUCACAAUCUGUGCUGUACUGUCCGUCAUCUUACUUAAAAUGGUGCACUCCAUGUACCGGCGGACAGGCGCCAGCUUCCAGAAGGCCCAGCAGGAGUUCUCUCAGGGUGUCCUCACUAACAGAAGCUUCCAGACUGCUGCGUCUACCGCUGCCUCCUCCGCCGCCCAAGGAGCGUUCCAGAGGAACUAGAGAACCCCCCUCCCCCAGUUCCUCCAACCCUGACCCCCUCUGACUCGUCACCCUUUCCCUCGUGACCAUGCACCAUCCUGGAACUUCAGUCUGUUCACCAUAAGGCAACGCUCCAGUCACUUUGACAAGGUUUGAGUUUUAAAAAAAUAGGAGCUGCGGCCAAUGAAUAGCAGAGGCACUGAAACUGGAGCGUUGAAAUGACCCUUGCUGUAUUGGGGAGCUGAAGGUAUGGAGUCAGCUGCAGUGGGCUGCAGUAAGUACAGGUACAAUACGUUGGGGGUGUGUUUAUUUUUGAAGUUUUCAUUUUUAUCUUACUUAUGUAAUAUGGAGGACAUGAAGGUUUCUGUUGCUUCCCCCCACUUUUUUUGUAUUUUCUUUUGAUAGUUUUCCAAUAUUUCUCUCCUCAGUAACUACUCUAAGUUAAGUUUGAAUGGAACUGAGGUUGGACUGUGGCAUCCCAGUGCUGAGAUGUUAUAGUGAGGAGACUUUGGCUCAAAAGAAGUUGAUAUUGGCACUGAAUAGAAAAUGUUUCCACUCUGUCUUGAAUGCAUGCUACCCUUUUUAUUUUACAAUAGCAGGUCACAUCACUGCUAAUUAAUUUACAGGCCACCCCUUCGCAAAUCAUAAAUAUAAUUUCUUUAUUUGUGAUAGUCCAUGGUGUGAAUUUGGCCAUCGUUGGCAUUUUUUUUUUUUUUUUCUUUUAAUAUAAUAUAUGUCCUAUGUCUGUACUAUUGGGAUCUGGUUACCCUUUUGACUGAGCCUUCUGGAACAUCUGUGGGUGUGGCCAGGAGCGGUCGGUAAGAUUUGUUUUGGGUUAUGGGCCUGGCAGCAGCUCUGCAUGGCUGUAGUGCUGGGAAUAGGAGGGCUAGCAAAGGGGGGCUAGUAAACGCCUCAGCUCUGCCUCUCUGUUGCAUCUCUUAACUCUACCAGCUUUGGGAGUGAGAAAUCCUGACCAGGCCUGAAAGAUCUGGGACAUAUCUGGAGGCGGGGGAGAACUGUCUAUCAAAAACCAACUCUAUGUAACUGUAAAUAACAGCCUGUUAUUUACAGUCACUGAAUUACAUGUUAAUAUAUUGAACAAAAAGACAUGACAAGGGAUGCAUUGUGUAGACAAAGCCAGUAGAACUGGAGGAUCAAAUGAAUCAAGCCCUGGUUUGACUGUAUAAAUUUAUUUGAGGGGGUUAGUGCCUUUUUAAUAGAAAUAAAUAUAGAUUGAGGGUGAGAACAAUAUAAUAAAUUUCGUCUGAGAUCUCCUCAGUGGGUGUAUAGUGAAUCUUUUAGAGGACCUGAUGUCCUUUUGAAAAUCUUGGCAACCUGGAUAAGAUCCAUUAUAUCCAUAUUUCACCUAAUUGUAAAUGUAUUUAUGCCACUCCAUGAGCUAAUUAAUUUAUAUUAGACUUUCAAUUCACGUUAACUUGCUGUUGCACCAUCAUAAAAUACUUCAUAUUGAAUGUAUAUGGAGUAUGAGAAGCAGAUCAGUUACAUUUCCUAUACAUUCAAUUCUGUACUUACAAAUUAUGAUGUACUAUAUUCAUGGAUUCCAGUACUGUUGGCAUGGGUACAUGAAAAAUUGUGACCUUGCUUGUGAAUUCAAACUUUUCUGCUUUACUUGUAUCAGUUUGAUUCCUUGUUGCAAAGUGUUGGUAUUUACUUGAUUUCGUAACGGCCUUUAAAUAUAUUUUAAAUGUAUAUUGGUACUUUUUGAUUAGGAACAUGUCAUCUCAAUUAAAGAAAUACUCUGAAGGGAAAUGAUAUAGGUAAUAUAGAAAGUUUAGGUACACCUAGUCUAGGCUUAUGAUUUAAAAAGCAAGUGAUUUUAGUUCAGAUAAAACUAACAAAUGUGUUAGUACUCCAAUGCCCUGUUUUUUGCUAAAUUUUCAUUUGUAAAAUUGUCAUCAUCAUAGCAAUGUCAAGAGUUCACAAUGCUGAUGACCAUUAUCAGUGGUAGUGGAGUGAAUAUUUCUUGCUUAUAUCAAAUUCUGUGGUUACAAAGCUUUUUAUUAAAUUUCUGUUUUCCCUCACAAUCAUUUCAAGGUCUGUUUUUACCCUUGUAUUCUUCAGCUUGUUAUUGUCUUAUCUUCAGUAGGAUUGUGUAUAUAUACAUCCCCAAAACAGUCCAGAGUAAUUAUAGUAAUUGACUUUCAAAAUUAAAAAUUCUUUUUAAAAAAACUGGAAGACUAAGAUUGAUGUAUGGCCCAGUGUUAAUGCUUUACAGAUGACAAAAUCUAUGUCACAGAGGUUACAUUUAAUCCUUGCAUGUUGGUGUGUUAAAUGGUGUACCAUCAAUCAACUGUCCUUGCUUGCCUCCUUAAAUGCUUUAAAAAUAAAUUGUCAUGUUUUAGAGGGAAAUUAAAUAAUGUGAAUCAAAGAAUAGUGUCAGCUGUAUUAGUACUGCCAGUGUGCAAAGACCAGAGCCAUACCUGGAAUUUUCAUUCCAGAUUAUGAACAUUGACAUCAAAUAUAUUCUUUUUCACAAUGAUUGGCAUGUAUUGGUUUGGGUGUAUAUUUCUCGCAGAUAUCAAAGCGUUAAUUACUAUGAUUGAAUUAAUUGCUAUGCUGCCUUUAAAAGAAGAUUUUUUAAAAUGUUAUCCAAAAGUAAGAGCAAGUAUGAUUUUCUUUUACAAGGCCCAAAUCGAUCCCAUUCCUUACAAUAUAAGCUUCUAUGUUAUGUUUUUUUUUUUUGUUGUAUUUUUUAGUUUGGGAUUUUAUGGAAGAAAUGUCCCUUGAGAUUACAACUCAAACUUUAAUUCAAGGACCACAGCAAAUAUAGAAAUUGGCCAGCUUGAUUUCGACAGGAAUUAAUGGGAGUUAUGAAUAGAUGCAUGUAAUGUUGUGUACAUUGACUUUGUCUUUUCGGAGGGUGAAACUUGGAGAUUUGGACGGUAGCCUAUUUCAUUUUUCGAGCUGUAAAUGGACUGUUUUUAAACGAUUUUCUAUUGUUUUUCAUGUAUACAGUUGUAAAUGUAAUGCCUAAGAAAUAAACGUUUUUGGUCAAAUACAA